GGCAGUCAAUUGUGUCAUAUCUCAAUCUGUGAUCAACUGUGUGUAAAUAUUAUAGAUAAAUUUAAAAAAAAAAUUUUUUAUCCAAAAUCAAAAUGGAACAUAUUUAAAUAUGCAAAAAGUAAACCAGUUUGCGGCGGAUGAUGAAAUAGUUUUCUACAUUGAGUUUUAUUCAACUUAUAUCAUAUCCAAUUUAUCUAAGUUUGAUAUGUCACAACAAUAAAGUGAAAUAUAAAAGUAAAUAUUUUUUUGGUUACGUCUUCCUUAGUGGUCAAAAUAUUGUGUUACCAUGAAAUACAAAAAAAAGAAUAACCAAUGUUGUGAAAGAAAAUCAAAUAAACCCAUUAAUCCAUUAAUUAAUAGACAAAAAAUAAUAAUUCUAAAAGGAUAUGAUCAUAAACAUUUGAAAUACCUUCAAGAAGAAAUAAAAUUUUUAGCACUUGGAACAUAUGUGGUCCAACAUAAGUGGAGUCGCAACAGUGCAAUCAAAGUAUUAGCAGUUUUUGGACAAAAGGAACAUUUGCAAGAAGUUUUCGAAGGAUUAAGUUAUUUACAAUGA